UUGCAUUGUUGUCUGCAGGUUCUCUCAUUUUCUCUGCCUUUUGCUGUUAACCUAAGAGCCAUUAGACUUUUCUUCAGAUCUCUUUCUCUCUUAAUCUUAUUCUUCUUCUCCACUCGCUGAGCUCAAGCUUAACGAUCUCUUCUCUUCCACCUUCAGCAGGAAAAUACAAGAAAGAAGAAGAUGAACAGCUGCGGAGUCCAACAAAACGCUGAGAUGAAGAGAAGCUCCGUCGUCUCCGAUCGCAGAGACACCGUCCUUUGCCCUAAACCGCGUCGUGUCGGUGUCCACAGUCACCACCUUGCUCGAUCUCUCCGAUGGCAAGUCAGUCACCAGAUGGAGUUCUGUGAAUCGAAUUCAGGAAGCGAGAUUUUGGAUUUUAUCCUCGCAAAGGGUGGUGGUGAAUGUGAGCAAGAUCCGACGAGGAAGGUGACGUCAUCGCCGCCACUGUUCUUCACAGGGUCACCGCCAAGUAGAGUUUCUAACCCUUUAACAAAAGAUUCACUCUUUCGGGACGAGCUUCUCGUGGUGGCUACUCCUCCGUCGGCUCCACGUGCGACCAAGCCGCCACCGCCGUCUUCUCCGAGGAACGGUGGCGGUUGCGUUAGGGCGGCGAGGAACAAUCCUCCGGUUCGAGUCGUCGGAUUCAAUUGCCUUGACAGGGACAGACGCAGCAGCGUUCCAACUCUUGCAUAAGAGAUAAAAUGCAAAUAUAUAUAACAGAGAUGGCUAAAAACAAUUUGAAAAAAAAAUGGAUUAGGAAAAUGGAUCAUGGUGGGGCUUUUUUGGUGAAAAUGUGUAGAUAUGUUGUAAAAUGGGGGAUUUAAAAAAUGGCUGUUUUAUAAACCUAGGUUUUUGGGUGUCCAAUUUGGGAAUUUUUGUAAGUAAAAAGGGAGAGAGAGAGAGAGAGAGAGAAGGGUUUUGUGAGUGUUUUGAUGUCUUUUAUUAGUGAAAAUAAGAGCGUAGUAUUUCUUCCUUAUUUGUAACAAAAGGAAAGGCUCGAAAGAGUUGUGAAAUGUGAAGAUAUCAUUUCUACCCUUUUUUUUUCUGUUCUCUCUAUUGUACAGAUGUAAUUUUUAAAGGGAUUGAAAUUUCUAAUUAGCCAA